AUGUCGUCCACAAUACCACGAUUCUUCUCACAACCUUUCCGAUACGUGAGAUGGGCAGCCAAUGAAAAGCCCGCUAUCUUCUUCUCUGUAGUCAUCGGAGGCAUUGGACCAGUUCUCAUUCUCACAGUGCCAAAGAUCCGCCAUAGGCUCGGGGAUGGACCAAGACCGCAAAUUCCUUUGACAUAUCCGAUGCCAACCGGACCAAGAAAACCAUUGAGUGGCUACGAUGACGAUGGUGCGCUGGACAUCGCAAUCGCAUUAUGA